AUAUCACAAAUGACACGACUGCAUUGUGCUGUGAAAGCUAGCUCGACGCAUCGGUUGAGAUGUAUCCCGCUAAGCCCAACGAGCCGGCCACCGGCGUCCCCGUCGGCGGCCCCGGCACGGCCAACCAGUGGUCCACCGGCCUCUUCGACUGCUUCGACGACUGCGGCCUCUGCUGCAUGACGUGGUGCUGCCCGUGCAUCACGUUCGGGCGCGUCGCGGAGAUCGUGGACCGCGGCGCUUCGUCGUGCGGGACGAGCGGGGCGCUGUACUCGAUGCUCCUGUACUUCACGGGGUGCCACUGGAUCUACUCGUGCACGUACCGCGCCAAGAUGCGCGCGGAGUUCAACCUCCCCGAGUCCCCCUGCUGCGACUGCUGCGUCCACUUCUGCUGCGAGCCCUGCGCGCUGUGCCAGCAGUACAGGGAGCUCAAGGCGCGCGGCUUCGACCCCGACCUCGGCUGGCACCUCAACAUGGAGAGGCGCGCCGGCGCCGGCGCCGGCAACGUCUACCCGCCCGCGCCGCAGCAGAUGGGCCGCUAGCCGAUUCCACCAGCGAACUCAGCUACUGGAGUAGUAACCUCUGUCGGGUCAUCGCGUGAUGAACAGUGAAGUAUGCAUUAUAUUUGUGCAUGGUAAAUUGAUUAUACAUGUAGUACUGUAUUUAUUUAUGUAUGGUGAAGUCGCUUCUGAGAUAGUCGAUCUCAGUAUUGGACGACAAAAUGGGUGUGCAUUUGUUUUUUUAUGAAAAACACAAUAAUCUUUAUGUAAAAGAUCAGCCGGGGUGUACGUUCCAUUUUUGUUUAGUGUAUUUCUUGGGCCGCCGAUUACUCCAAUUCUGGGAUGCUUUUGUGCUA